AAGAGUGACCUCCCCUUUGUAGGAGAAGCAAGUUUUUGAUGUUGUUCAUAACACGAUGUUUGUGGCGUUUAUAUCAAUGCUCUCAACCGGAAAGUAAUUGACAGCCACAGCAGACAUGAGCAGCACCAAGUUUGACGUAUUGUGGUCUCCGAGUGCGGCUGACCAGUUUAUAAAGUACGGAACCUCUCUCGAUCUCUACCAGGUGGAGAAGCGGCGCCCUGGACACACCUACAGAGGUACAGCAAUCUCUGAUGACUUCUGUGCCGUCCAUGUGGCAACCAACUCAGAAAUCAACCUCAUUAAGUGUGUAGCAUGGUACCCACGACCGGAACCACGGAACCUGCUGGCGGUGGGCCACACAAACGGCAAAGUCGUCCUUACAAGCUUUGGAAACAAUGAAGAUGAACUUAUUGGAAAGGAAUUUUUACACAACGCCAAACACAGUCGGCAGUGCAGCUACUUGGCAUGGAACCCUGAGGAAACACAUCUUCUGGCUGAAGGGUUCAGUGAGCGUUACCGCAAUGACCCAUGUAUUGUCAUCUGGGAUGUCUUUGCAUCAGCUGGUACAGACAUGUCAACUUCCACGGAGAGGUCUCGUAUCAGCACCAACAGCGAGUGGGGGGUCGUAUCAAAACCACUUUUUGAAAUAGGAUCAGGGAGUGGAGACACAAGCACGUCAUUUUGUUGGUUUGUCAGUGAAUCAAAGACCUUCGUGACCGGGGUCAACAAUAGACACAUGCGAGUCUACGAUCUGAGAGAUUUAACGAGACCUCACCUUCAGAAUCAACACAAGGGUGUCCUCGGGCUGUGUGUGGACCCGCUGUCCGAUAAACAGUUGGCAUCGUUUGGGGAAAAUCAGGUUUCUGUAUGGGAUCUUCGAAGCUUUGAGAAACCUGUUCUGACUCUCCCAGAGAACAAGUCGGUCGUCAAAAUCAGCUGGUGCCCAACCAGGUCGGGGAUGUUGUCGGUGCUGUGUAAGGACAACAAUGUGGUCCAGCUGUACGACAUCAGACACUCCGUGUUUGGAGCUGAUGUUAUGGAGCCAGCUCUGGUGGAGAGAAACAUCCAACCUUGUAAAGAUUCUGUGAUAUCUUCCUUCACCUGGCAUCCGACUCAUGAGAACCGCCUCCUGUCUGUGACUUCAUCUGGAGAGGUGCGGGACACUGUCAUCUUGGAGAGAAUUCCUAUGAUGUGGUCACCGUCCUUCCACCUGACGUGGGCGUGUGGGAAGAAGACGGUCGACUGUGUCCAGACUGACCUGUCCAGACAGCAUGUGGACAUCUCCACAAGAAUGUACAACCGGGUCAAGAUGGGAUACGGGCUGGACUCGGAGAUGUCCAGCCUGGACAGUGUUGGGCCUGCAAUAGACUACGAGUCUCACCUACACGGACUGUGGAAGUGGUUGUUCUCCAUCAAAGAUUACCUGAACGAGAGUGAGCCGUCCUCCAUCUUGAAGAACUCGGGCAUUGGUAUCCGGGGCAUCCUCCAAGUUGAAGACAGCGAGGCCAGCAAAAACGUGUUCAAGUCCUGGAUUGGUGUGGACAGCAUGGUGAACCAGGGCAGAAACGUCAACCAGUUCGUGAGUCGAGAGAGGUCGGUGGUGCUGCAGUUGUGUGGCUGGGGCAGGGAAGAUGACAAGUUCGGAUCUCUCAAAUCUCUACUAGAAAAUUUACAGGAGAAAGGAUUCUACGAGAAGGCAGCGGCUCUGGCACUCUUCAACCUCCGUCUGAAGCAGUCCCUGGAAAUACUCAGUCACGGAGCCAGCCGAUCGCAAGAUCACGCCAACCUGAACGCUGUUGCCAUGGCGCUGGCGGGGUACUCGGACCAGAAAUCGACGCUGUGGCAGAAGACGUGCAGCAGCCUGCGCGACCAGCUGGAGGACCCGUACCUCCGGGCCAUGUUCGCCUUCCUGACUGGCGACCGACAGAACUACAAGGACGUGCUGGAAUCGGACAUGGCUGUAGAGGACUUGGUAGCCUUUGCCUGCAUCUACCUGCCUGACCCCCGGCUUAUGUACUUCAUCGACAAACUGACCAAUGAUCUCAAGUCUGCUGGGAAUCUGGAUGGCAUCAUGCUCACUGGCAUGACGGCGGAGGGCCUCGACCUUCUGGAGAACUACAUUGAUGCAACCAGUGAUGUCCAGACGGCGGCCCUGGCUCUCGUGUGCUCCUUCCCCCAUGCCAUCGCACAGGACGAGCGGAUACAGACGUGGAUAGAUAGUUACCGCAAACUGCUGGACCGGUGGAGACUCUGGCAUCACAGGGCCAAGUUUGACAUCCUGUACCACAAGAGCGACCCAGGCCAGCGCAUCCCGAGCCAGGUGUUCGUGGGCUGCAACUUCUGUGGGAAGUCCAUCACCAGCACGUCCACCAUGAUCGCCCGCUCUACGGGUUACCGCACGCAUGUGGGCAGAGCAGCGGCCUACAAACCCAGGGUUACCUGCUGUCCAAGUUGUCGCAAGUCUCUCCCUCGCUGUGCCCUCUGUCUCACCAAUCUGGGCACAGCCUCGGGGACAGGGGUUGGCGAACUCAAAGGGCACCCAAGCACUGUGAAGAUGUCCAUGUUUGACGACUGGUUCACCUGGUGUCAGUCCUGUCGACACGGCGGCCAUUCCUCUCAUAUACAGAAUUGGUUCAAAGACCACUCAGAGUGUCCCGUGACCGACUGCAGCUGCAAGUGUAUGAAGAUCGACUCGCUGGGCCGUGUGAUGGGGAGAGAGAGUACGGCAAUGGUGCUCGUGCCAGCCACGUGACAUCAAAAGAUACCUAUAUUUAAACUUACAUAUUAUGACUGAAAACUUCAUUCUCAGUCUCGUAUCUACAGCUUUUGAUGACAUAGGAAAUUGUGAUUAUUUUUUAAAACAUUGUUUGAACUUCAUGAUAACUUAUCUGAAACUUUUGUUGAAAUGAAAAUUGUGAUUUGGAGAAAAAUAAUAACAGCCAUACGCUAAUUGUUUUGUUUUGAUCAUAGCUUGAAUAAGCAAAUGCAUGAUGAUGAAGUUGAAUUAAAUUUCUGAUAAUAAUGACAUCUGUUUGAGGAAUGAUGUUGUCAGUCAUAAGAUCAUAUAUACUGAGGAACCAUACCUGUCUAUUGAGGGGAGUAUUCUCACAGAGUUAUCUCCCUUUGACAGGCUGCAUGUUUGAAUGUUCAAAAUACAUUUCCCAGACAAUACAACUGAUUUGUAUGAGGAAUACGCUUGAAGCUUCAAUAAGCUUCAACAUUAAUUAAACCUAUGAUUGAGGGAUUAAGACCUUUCUUUAUGUGCUGGACAUGCUCAGGUGCUCUUCUCCCUUUGACCAGCUGCACGUUUGAUUUAUACUUCGAACAUUGAAUUAUGUCACACGAAAUUGAGUUAUUUAUAUCAGAAAUGUGAUUGACCUUCAGGAUGUGUCUAUAUCCAGACAAGCAAUACACUUCACAGAGGACCCUGUCCAUCACUGAUUUCUUAUCAUUAUAACCUACAUUCACAUACAUCGCCAAUCUCAUUAUAUCAGAUCUUAGUUCUCGUUAGUGCUCAAAAAAGAUCUGAGGACAUCCCAUAAGGGGUCAUGUCAGAACGACCUUUCAAAUUCAUCCAACCAAUCUCAGCGUCACUUACUAGAUCAUGAAAGUGGUGGUUGGAAUGUGUUUUCUAAUCAUGCAACCUUGAAAAAGUUAACAUGGGGUAUUCCAAUCUAAGUUCUGUCAUAAUCAUCAUCUUUCUCUCAGUGGGAUAUACAUUUGAACGGAAGAGAUCUUCCAUUGCCCUUGGGAAGUACUGCUAUACUAUCUCAGCCAUCUAUUCCAGAUUUUUGUUUUGUUCAUUUUCAAAUUUUGAAUAAAGAACUGUCAAAAUAUUUUUCAAAGCAGUCUUGAAUGGAAGUCACCAGUUUGAAACAAUUGCUGUAAAACUCGAUAAGCUGCUUUCUAAUUGGCUAGUGUCAACUUCUUGUUAGCAAAUUCAUUGGUUGGUAAAAGUUCGCAAAAAGUCAUUCUUGACAUGACCUGAAAUGGGAUGUCCUCAGAUCAUUCUAUCGGUAGUGAGCACUAAGAUCUGAUUCUAAAUAAGAUUGCAUGCAUCAGCUGUUCUGUGUGACGCUGUUAAACUGCCCUUAGACAAUUAAGCAAUAUGCAUUCUCACAUUAUAUCAGCAUGAUUUGGAAAAAUGUGGAAGUUAGAAAUGUAAAAUAAUAUUUGUUCUUCGAUGCUUGAUAGUAGGGUUGCUUGUCAUAAGAGGCGACUAACAGGGUCAGGUUUGCUGACUACUGUCAUCGCAUCCCAUUUGCAUAGAUCAAUGCUCAUGAUGUCAAUCACUGGAUUGACUGUUCCAGGCUUGGAUUACUUACAGACUGUGGUUAUAUAGCUGGAAUUUUGUUGAGUAUGAGUUAAACAACAAACACAUUGCCGUCAGGUUAGUCUUCCAGGACAAAGGAUAUGCGAUCCUACAAGUAUUGGUAUGAUUGAGUCGUAUUUAUUGUAAAACUCUAUUCACUUCCUUUUCGAGAUGGGUUUGAAUCCCAGUUCGCCCUGAUUAUGUGUCUAGGUUUGUCAGCACCAUACCUGUGCUCGAGGUUUCAAGGAAGUGGUAAACGUCUAAGACCUCCAUCACUUCUGGCUUUCGUCCACACCAAGCCGAUACACCGUGAUAUAACUGAUUUUAGCUUUAAACCCAACUCGCUCGCUCAUACUGAGACAGUCAAUGACAGAAUAAGGUUAGAAUGCUUGGCAUGAAUGUUCCCCAAAGAGUAUCCCAUAGCAACUAUGGACAACACAUGGCCUUCCAUCCUUGUCAGGGGCAGUCAGGUAGCCUAGUGGUUAAAGCGUUCACUCGUCACGCCGAAGACCCGGGUUCGAUUCCCGACAAUGUGUGAAGCCCAUUUCUGGUGUUCCCAGCCGUGAUAUUGCUGGAAUAUUGCCAAAAGCGGCGUAAAACCAUAAUCACUCACUCACUCCAGGCCUUGGAUCACAUCUCACAGCUUCAAACCAGGGUUACAAGGAUCCAGUCUUUUGUGCUGCAAAUUGCUGUGCAGAGUUGUGGCCCUUAGCUUUGCCAGGAUCCACUAGCUGUGCAUUUGAAUCCAGGUAUUGUUCCAUUUAUGAUCCUUGGUCAGCACAAUACCAUGGGUUUCACGAGUAGUGUGAUUGUAUGCCAAUACAGUUCAGGGUCAAACCCCACCCACUCACUCACCCUAUACGGUCUUCAGAACAUGAAAGUGAUGAAUGAGAGUUAUUGUAUCAUCUGGACAGUGCAAUCAUUGUGAAUAUAUGAAACCCAAAGCUUGUAUUGUAUCUUGUAUAUAAUAAACAAUCUAUUGUA